AUGAUGGCUUGUUGCUUGCGAAAGAAGCGGCGCGUGAAAGCUAGGCUCUCAUGGAAGUCGAAGAAGAAAGACUCAUCUCCAUCUGGUAACUGGGCAGCAGAAGACGACGAUGAUCAAGGCAAAAUCGUCUUCUUUGGAGGAAGUAACUAUACCUUUGAUUUGGACGACUUGUUAGCUUCAUCUGCAGAAAUGCUGGGGAAAGGUGCUUCUGGUUCAACCUACAAAGUAGCCGUGGAGGACACAACCACUGUAGUAGUGAAGAGAUUGGAGGAGGUGGUUGUGGGAAGAAGAGAGUUUGAGCAAACAAUGGAGAUCGUUGGUAGAAUCAGACAUGAUAAUGUGGCUGAGCUAAAAGCUUACUACUAUUCCAAGAACGAUAAGCUCGCUGUUUACAGCUAUUACAGCGAGGGGAACCUCUUCGAAAUGUUGUACGGAGAGAACCGAAUACCUUUAGAUUGGGAGUCUCGAUUGAGAAUAGCCAUUGGUGUAGCAAGAGGAUUGGCUACUAUCCAUGAAGCAGACGACAAGGAGUUUGUCCAUGGGAACAUCAAAUCCUCAAACAUCUUCAAUGGCUGCAUCUGCGAUCUUGGCUUGACAUCCAUCACCAAGUCUCUCCCUCAGACAACCAUUCGUUCCUCGGGUUAUCAUGCUCCUGAAAUAACAGACACAAGAAAGUGCACACAGUUUUCUGAUGUGUACAGCUUCGGGGUGGUGUUACUCGAGCUUCUUACAGGGAAAUCUCCAGCAGGAGGAGACAAAAACAUGGACUUGGCGAGCUGGAUAAGGUCCGUGGUGUCGAGAGAGUGGACCGGAGAAGUGUUUGACACUGAGCUUAUGAAGCAAAUGGGUAUAGAGGAAGAGUUGGUUGAGAUGUUGCAGAUAGGUUUGGCUUGUGUUGCCUUGAAGCCUCAAGAUCGACCUCAUAUAGCACAUGUUGUGAAAAUGAUACAAGACAUUCCAACACUCGAUGCAGAUUGAGAAACAACACCAAAUCAAAAG